UUCUUGUUUAGAAUCCACCCUACUCGAUAUUAAAGAAGGAUAAUAGUGGAGUUCUGGUAGGAAACAACCGCUAUGAAGGUUAUUGCAUUGAUCUGAUUCACGAGAUAUCGAAGAUCUUGGAAUUUAAAUACACGAUCAAAGAAGUAGAAGACAAGACCUAUGGCAAGAGAAAUGAGCACGGAGAAUGGAAUGGAAUGAUUCGGGAACUCAUCGAUGGGAAAGCAGACUUGGCCAUUGGAGAUUUCACUAUCACCUACGAGCGCGAAGAGGCAGUUGACUUUACCAUGCCUUUCAUGAACCUUGGAAUAAGUAUACUGUUCAAGAAACCUACCAAAAAAGUCCCCAAAUUGUUCUCCUUCCUUUCCCCAUUGUCCCUGGAGGUGUGGGUAUACAUGGUGACUGCUUUCCUGGGGGUCAGCAUCUUUCUCUUCAUCGUGGCUAGAUUCAGCCCGUAUGAAUGGACUAAUCCUCACCCUUGUGACCCUAACCCGGACACUUUGGAGAACCAGUUCAGUCUAUUGAACACUUUGUGGUUCACCAUUGGUUGUUUGAUGCAACAAGGUUCUGAACUAACUCCAAAGGCAAUGUCUACACGUGUGGUGGCUGGUAUAUGGUGGUUUUUCACUCUCAUCAUGGUUUCUUCUUACACUGCUAACCUGGCAGCUUUUCUCACAGUGGAAAGGCUAGUCUCUCCAAUAGAAAAUGCAGAAGACUUGGCCAAACAGACAACUAUUCAGUAUGGCUGUGUACAGUCGGGUUCCACACAAGCGUUUUUCAAGGAAUCCAACAUUCCAACAUACAAGAGGAUGUGGAGUUUCAUGGAGUCUGCGCGGCCUAGUGUGUUCGUGGAGUCCACUGAAAAAGGUGUAGAAAGGGUUAGAAACGAAAAUUAUGCUUUCUUGAUGGAGUCGACCACCAUAGAAUAUCUUGUGGAAAGGAAAUGUGAUCUGAUCCAAGUUGGUGGACUGUUGGAUUCUAAAGGUUUCGGAAUUGCCACUCCUUCUGGUUCACCUUACAGAACAGCUCUCUCAAGCGCCAUAUUGAAACUGCAAGAAAGCGGUGUUCUACAUAUGCUGAAACAAAGAUGGUGGAAGCGCAAAGGUCCUCCAUGUACACUAGAAGAGAAGACUGGAUCCGGGUCUGCUAGUGAACUUGGUUUGGACAACGUAGGAGGUGUCUUUGUUGUUCUUAUGGCUGGAUUAGGCUUUGCGUGCAUUAUUUCUGUAUGUGAAUUUAUUUGGAGAUCACGAAAAGUUGCUGUAGAAGAACGGGAACCGCUCUGUGUAGAGCUGUGUAAUGAACUAAAAUUUGCCAUCACUUGUGGAGGAUCAACCAAACCAGUUAAAAAAGCUCGUGAGGAUCGCCAACCUGAAAACGGCCUUCCCUUCAUGCCCCUUGCAGGAUUUGAAAACGUGGAUUCCAAAGCAACAGUUUCUUGACAUGAGGACACUGGGCUGCCUCUACAGCCCCUCACUGAUGAUGGCGUUAGUUACUUCCGAUAUGCGCAGGACGAUGUUAGCGUCAUCUAGUAGGAGAUUUAUGUCGGAGAAGAGUUACAUAUAUUUUACUGAUGUCUGUCUGUUUUCUGGUAAAGAUGUUUUUGUUUACAAAUAUGCUGAAAAAAUCAACUUAAAUCGAGAGCUGUUUUGAUCACCUUAUGAACGCAGAAAGGUAGCUUAGUGUUCGCAAGUUGUCCGAUUUAUGUUGGUAACGUACAUCCGACUAAUUGCAGCUUACUGUAUACCACGAAGGUGUUACCACUCAAUGCUAAAAUAUCAGUUGUUGAAUUCAUGUUAGAAGGAACCAUUUCAUUAAAUUCAUAAAUAGUAGCUAGCAUGUAAUGACAUAGAGAUUUGCAAGUAUCGUGAUUACAUCUAUAAAUAUCCACAUGAAAAUGUAUCACUACUCUUGUCAGUGGUAUAGUUCAUUGGCCUAUAGGCUUCUCAAAAAUGAAAAUUUGGGUAGGCGUUUCUAUAUGAAAAAUUUUACUCAGGUAAUUAAGUGAAACACAAAAAAAGGAACAAUUUAUCUGCUUACUGUUUCUUCUAUAUUUCAUUCGUAAAGUUAAACAGUUAAUAUUUAUUUUUUAUCUAAUCAAUAAUUCAUAAUACAAAUGACAAAAAAGUAUCAGUGUGUGACCAACCUCUGUAAAAAGUGUCUGGGUGUAAUUCAGCCUGAACUACACGACUGCUAUUGUUUUUCUCAGACAUGAAAUAAAAUAUUUGUAAAAAAAUAAUAAAGGCAGCAAAAACCGUAAGUGGUGGUAAUAAUGCUCAAAGGUGCUUUUACCUUACACCGAUGAUUGAACGUUUGUUUCUUAAAGCUUUGAAUUGCUCCAGACUGCUCAUGUAUAUCAAAAUGCUCAACAAAAGGUUUGUUUUCAAUGUAAAUAAACCCACACUGACGUUUAUAUUGAACAUUCUUAGAUUAUAAACAGUACAUAUAUAAGAAAUGUGUCUUUUUUUAUAUCCAUGGUGUGCAGCCUUAAGAGGAUUUUUCAGUUUUACAUAUUUAGUUUAUCCAUCAGUUGUUACGGCCAUGUUCCAAUCAAUACACUUACAAAGUAUGGUUAGUUUAAUAUUAACAGAAACAGGCCAGAGCCGAUCCAUAAAACCGGUUCAACCACGCUCAGAAAAACACAAUCCAGUUCAUUCCUAUUCAUGCCAAUACUGAUGCACUUAACCUUUUCAAAGCAAGAACCGGUUCUAUCACGCCCAGACAAACAAAUCCUAGUCCGUUCCUGUCCAUGCUGAUAAAGUAAUAACGUUCAGGUCAUUUUUAAUGGAUUAAAUACGCUUUAAUGAGAUACAGACGAUUCAAUUCAAAUACGAUUCAGUCAACCCAGUUUUAAACCUAUCUAAUUGGCUCACUUUCAAGAAAAAUAAAUUUAAAUGGUUAAUUUUUUAGCAAACAGCAACUUAAUCGUUAAAAGUGUGUAGUAAUAUUUUGAAUACGUCAACAAAGAAUUCUGAUAACAACAGGCAAACACUGAAAUAGUUUUUUAUUGUCGAAUUACGUAUGUCACCAUUAAAUCACCGCCAUCAUCACUAAGUCCGUUUAAAUUAAAAUGUCUGCAAUACAGUCGAAGUUUUUAAAGAAAACCAUUAUUAGUUUUAUAAGAAAUUUUUUCGAAAAUUAACAAAGGAUACUCAAAAAGUAAAAAUGUAAAAAGCAGAAGUUGAUGUAUUAUCAUUAAGGAUUAACUGUUGAAAUAUUAUUCCUUAACUAUUUCAUUAACAUUUCAGUAUCUUGAAGCUUUCCGACUGAUUUGUCGGAUACUUUGAUGUAACUUUAAAUUUUAGUAUUUUCGUACAGAUAUGAAAUUAGGGUACUAAUAGUUUUGAUCAAAUACUCUUUACACAUUGCCCACCGCUCUCUACUAUCGAGAGUAUUCGUAGCCUGCGGCAAGCUGAAGUUACUGGUCGCCUCUCACCACACCUAACUUAAUUCUUAGUUUUACUUUCUCAGAAAACAAAUUAAAAAGAGGACAGAAUACGCCUGUACAAUCGAAAUGUACCGAUUAAGAUGUUAAAUCUGUUCUAUUUAUUUCACAUAAAAUAACCCUACUGAUUCAAUUACUUUACCGGGCUCAUAAAUUCAUGAACGUGACAUAUAUGAUUCAACCAAUAAUAUAAUACGAUUCUAUUUACUAAGAACAAUUU